AGUAGAGUAGGCGUGUAUUGACAUUUUCUGUUUUCAUACAGAUAAUAUUCUAACAUUUUAAUUUCUUUGGGAGGAAUAAAAUAGCUUGGAGCCUUUCUGGACUGCGACUGGGUUUGCUUUGUAUCGAAUUAAGGUAUUUUAUUGGUCUAUUUUUGUAUGCCGUUUUUUGGCAGGAGGCUAACUUAACGUUGCACCCGGAGUGAUAAGGCUGCAGGAUGGCCUGAGGAUUUGACCUAGCAGGACAACCAUUGGGACAACACAUCUGUCGACUGCCUAACGUUACCAUAAUCGCCGGAAAGGUGAAGACAUACUGUAGCUAGCCUUAAGCAGCUGCGAGGACCUUUUUUAUUACCGGAAGUAAACCUGAGGUCGUCAUGGGGAGCAAAGUCAGCUCCAAAAUGGCUGCCCCCGCCGCUAGAGUUAUCCAGGCUGUUAGGCCCCACACUCCUCUGAUCAAGUUCCCUAAAAGACAAGACAUGGCAAGGCCUAAUGCCCAGGAUGUGUUGAAAACAUUAGCAGCUAACUUCCCACCACACAACGCCACGGGUUCCCAUUCAGCUGCAGCGCCGCCUCCGUUAUCAAGACCUCACAUACCUUUGACCCCGAUCCCUGGCACAGCAGACACGCUGGCCUCUAUUCAGCUACUACCUGCAAGGUACCGCAGGAGACCGUUGACAGUGGAUGAAAUGGAGUACAUCCAGCGUGGUGGACCAGAGUGACAUGAAGCAACUCGAUCGCUGCAACCAAAGUCCUUAUCUGUUGGAGAUCAGUAUGUGUCUUUAAUUCUGUUCCUCAGCACAAGAGAACAUGAUGCCACAUGAUGUAGAAUAAACUAUUACAGAAAUCCUGUUAAAAUGUACAUAUGUUUAUUUUUUUUUUAGAUGUUAAAUCUUUAUUGUAUGUUAAGUUCAUACUAAGGGACAUUCAUUGUAUUACACAUAGCAAAGCCAUAACAAAAGCUUCUAGGUUUUCCUUUACUGGCACGGCAACUAUUCCUUUCAGAUUUUUUUGUUUUUGUCAAACUUUUAUUUUACCAUUAUACCAGCUCAACUCAACAUUUCUCUGAUAUUUAACUUUGUCAUAAUUAACUUGAGCUACACUUGCAAUAGCAUACGUUAAUCCAAGCACAAGGCUCUGGUACAUAGAGGAAAGUAACUGGAAAGUUCCUUUGCCUUUUUCUUUUUCUUUUGGGAGCUAAAUUAAGGUUGAAAAGAUGCUGGAUAUCAAGUUGCAAUAGUACUGCGUGACAUGGUGCUGAGUUCAUGUGAACUACUGGAUUUAAAUGAUUAAAAGAAUAUUGCGUUUUGA